CCCAGCACCCAGCACCCAAAACUCAAAGAUCAAGCUAGCUAGCCAGUAGAUCAAUUUGAGUAACAUGACAAACCAAGCACCGCCGCCGAUGCCAUCUGAUGUAAACUUUGAUUCUAGUAGGGGAAUAAUCGAAGAUUAUGCUACAGCAAAGCGCAAACUGAUUGAAGCAGGAUUCGACCCAGACGACUGUGUCACCGCCGUUAAUCCACCAUAUUCCUCGCGACCCCAAGAUGUUGGGGAAUGGCAUUCCAUCACACCCAUGAUAUAUUUUUGCUAUCAUGGAGAUCUUCCCAUGUGCCGUUACAUCUUCAAUCAUGGCGGAGUGAUCACAAGAGAUGGUGAGCCAUUUUGGUUCCCCAUGUAUGCAGCUGUUAACCGAGGGAAUUUGGCUGUUGUGAAGUGGUUGUUCACAAAUGGUGCCAAGGCAGAUGUUCUGGAAAGGGCCCAUCGAUCCCACUACAGCCCCUGGAGCAUCUGCUGGAUUCAUCCCGACAGAGAGGAGCGCUUGGCAAUUGGCAGGUGGUUCCUAGCUAAUGGAGCCGUUGCAUUGACAGCGAGCACACUGGCAAUUGACUUGAAAGCACAAGUUAGAAGUGGAAUGAAAGACUACCGGCCUUAUGUACUGUCUUGGUCACAGGAUGUUGUGAAAGCCCAUGACAGCUUCCAAGCAUUCCUUAUGGGAACCAAAAUAGGCAAGGAAGAGCUGUCAUGCAAACAAUUGAUGGAUCCAUCCGGGGGAUGCCCUGUCCUCCUUAUUGGUGGCGUCGAUGGGGUGUUGACGAGCAUUGCGGAUUAUGUGGGAGCCGUCCACGGUUUCAGUGCCAAAGAGAUUGGGAGAAUCCGUCGGCUGGUCAGAUGCUUGAAAGACCAUUCAUAGCCCUUGCGAGUUCACAUGAAGUGAUCUUUCUUUGUGGUUUGUGGCGAUGACGAUGAGGGAGAACCCACCAGCGUUGUCUUCCGUCUGUGUGAGUGUAUAGAUAUGGUGAAUGAUGCAGACGCAUGAUAGGAUUUUUGAAUUAGUAGUUCCAGUUAUUAGUAUGGUUGCGAUCUCAUUUGGGGC